UUGCUUUUUGUGUUCUUGCUCUGAGAAAUGAGAUUGAAUCCUGCCAUUCUGAGCCUUCUGGUUGCUGCUGUUGUUGGUCUGCUGCUGCUCGCUGGAAGCGGCGCCAUCGCACAGCCGCAGCAUGGGCAUGAUAGUGACGGACAGCAACAACACCACCACGAGCAUGUUGCCGAUGCGCUGAUUGCCUUCCGCGGCGCCGAUGACGCGAGUGGCGCGUUUGAGGACCGCACGCAGGCGACGUCCGGCGCAACCACCGGCGACUGGCUCGUUCUACUUGCAUCGAACGAGGCCAUCCAGUCCAAGCACAUCCAGACGCUCUGGCAGGACGUCGCUUCGCGCCUUUGGCAACGCAUCAACGUCGCGACAGUCGCUGCAGACGAAAUGCCAGAGACGGCCGCACGGCUCCAACACACCGCAGGCAGUCACCAAGUGCUCUUGCUUCGAUUUGGUCGCGCGUUCCGGUACCGUGGCAAGAUGGAAGCAGACGCGCUCGUUGACUUUGCCACGAAACAUUAUGCGAGCGCCGCUCAGUUUGUCAUCCCAGAACCGCCAUCCAUGCUGCACAAACUGCAACAUGCAAUCGUCACGAACAUUCGCAUUUAUGUGGUUGAACCGCUCCAGCACUCGUCUACAUCCACCGUCGCCAUCUACGCUGGCGUUGGUUGUUUCGCCGUGUUGGGUCUGGUCGUUGCCACGUGCUCCCGCAGCGCAUCCCGCCGUCCGCAUAGCAAACAGCACUGAGAUCUGUAGAUUUUUUUCCCCAUUGAAAGCCAAUUCCAAUACUUUCCCCGCAAAC